CCCCGGGAGAGAAGACUCAGGAGCAGCUGGCAGGCACAAGGUGAAGGACAUGAAGGUACAGCGUGUUUCCCUCUGGCUCCUGGGUGCAAUGCUCAUUCUGUGCUCAGUGCGCACCCACCCCCUCAGGAGAUGUUGGAUUUCCAUGGACAUGCGCCACGUAGAAGAGAGUUUCCAAGAAAUCAAAAGAGCCAUUCAAACUAGGGACAACUUCCACAACGUCACCAUCCUGUCCACACUGGGGGCGCUGCAGAGCAUUAAGCCUUUAGACGUAUGCUGCGUGACCAAGAACCUCCUGGCAUUCUACGUGGACAGGGUGUUCAAGGAUCAUCAGGAGCCGAACCCCCAAAUCUUGAGAAAAAUCAGCAGCAUUGCCAACUCCUUCCUCUACAUGCAGAGAACUCUGCAGCAAUGUCAGGUGCAGAGACAAUGUCGCUGUAGUCAGGAAGCCACCAAUGCCACCAAAAUCAUCCAUGACAACUAUGAUCAGCUGGAGGUCCAGUCUGCCGCCAUUAAGUCCCUGGGAGAACUCAAUGUCUUUCUAGCCUGGAUUGACAAGAAUCAUCAGGAAACUUCUGCUGCUUGACAUGAGGAGCCUGUCUAAUUACCCAGGGAAACAACCAACUUUGAAGGGGAGUGGAUGGGGAAAGCCCCCAUGUUUAUCCAAAUGAGGGUCCUUUCAGAGGACCUCCCUACUGAUCUGGAAUUCUCUCCUGGGGUUGGGGGAUUGCAGGGAGAAACCUGGGUUUGAGCAGAACUCACCCUGCAGCUGGAAGUCCUACUGGUCUCAGGCUGUCUAAUCCCACUUGAAAGUACCCAAAUAGUCUAUUGUAGUAUUUAUAAUGAAAUAUGUCUGCUGAA